AUGUCGGUCCGCGUUCAACUCGACCUACCCCAUGGCGAUAUUUAUACCAACUUGGACUUUGUCACCGGACGAGUCCUCCUUACCCUCCCUACUGAUGCUACUGUCUCCGCCAUAACCGUCAAACUAGAGGGAGAAAGCAGGACGCGUCUGGAAGGACCGAGGUCGUUGCCAGGAAGUUACGAUGAUGACAAGAAAAAGACUCUACUGGAGGUUCACAAGUUACUCUAUAAGGUAGAGACUGUCUUUCCGACACCAGAACUUCGGCAGCCAGGACCCUACAGGACGAAUAGAACUUCGCAAUACACUCUGCUUAGAGGUCAAUAUGAAUAUCCUUUCAAGUUUAAGAUGCCCUUCAACAGCGACUGCGUCAGUAACACGAGCAUAAUAAAAGAUCUCAAAGUUGGUCAAUUGAGUGUGCAGUACGGGCAGGAACCGCUGCAUGCCAAAUUACCAUUACCACCCUCACUGGCAGGAUAUCCUGGCGAGGCUGACAUCAGGUAUUUUGUGAAAGCAACUGUUGUGCGACCUAAAUUCUACCACGAGAACCUGCGAAACGAAAUAUCCAUAACGUUCCUACCCAUUGAGCCACCUCGCGCGACGGCAACAGAAGGAGAAAUAUACGGCAGAAGAAAACACCAAUUCCAGAGGACAAACACUGGCAAUAGCAUACCACGCAAAUCUUUGUUCAAAUCGAGCAAGCCGGAUCCUGUUCCAGACGAGGAGCCUCUCGCUUUCCAGGUUGAUGCCAGAUUACCCAAUCCUGCUAUCAUAACGUGUCGGGAGCCUCUACCACUACGAAUUCUGGUUGAGAGACUGAAUCAGAGUACAAUGAGCAUAUUCCUGUCCAUGUUGCAGAUUGAGCUCAUAGGGCAUACCGAAAUACGAGCAUACGAUUUGCAGCGGAAAGAGUCGCAUCCUUGGUUGCUCGUGAGCAUGGCCAAUAUGUCUAUACCACUCGAACACCCAAGCAACAAGAUCGACAACUGGACCAUUCCAAGCCAACUUUGGGACAAGAUUCGUCUGCCUCCUACGGUCCCUCCCACCUUCAAGACAUGCAAUAUCAGUAGAAAGUACGAACUCGAAGUCAGGAUAGGCCUGACACAUGCCAUGGCUACUGGAAUGAGGCCGGAAAUCAUAGUGAGUCCGAUCAGACUGGAUGUCGAGGUCUACAGUGGUAUCCGUCCACCCCCACAGCUACUGGACGCGAUGGCACAACAGGCUCAAAGCCAGCAGUCUCGAACAGACUCAAUGAACAGCAUACCGAAGCUGGACACCAAACAAGAUACGCAUAUUCAACAAUCCUAUCUCACUCCAGCAACUCCACAGUCGCAUUGGUCUCCCAUCUCCAUGCCGCUUCCUCCUGGUGCUGAUCAUACGCCUUCCACUCCUGCAGCGGUUGCCGGCAUUCCUCAUACCACGAACGACGAUCUACCUCCAAGCUACGAAGACGCAAUCGCAAAUGACUUGGCCCCAGUCGAUGGUCCUCGACCGUCAGGCUAUACCGCAAAUGGUGCCCCAUCUCCACAAGCACCAGCUUUCAACCCAGACUCGAAAAGCGGUCUCGCCAGAAGGGUCUCGGAACGACUCUUCUCCUCAAACGCACCUGGUUCGGGCAGAUCUAGCAAAUUUGCCUCGGGUGAUAUGUCGCGAUUCGGCGGUGAUGUUGUGCCUGAGGAGUCGGCAGCUCAUAUUGAUGCGGAUCUGGUCGAGGCGUCGAGUCGUUUGACCAUCACGAAUGAGAGUGGGAGUACAAGCGACGUGCCGGAAUACAAGCCACCUUUGCCUGUAAGAAGGACGACUGAACAGCAGUAUCAGCAAGCCCAGCAGCCACAAUACACGAGUGGGACGGAGAAACCCUGA